AUCAGCCAGCAAUCAACUGGAGCACCUGUUUUCUACCAGGAGCUUCUCCUAAGAGAGUAGUAAGUACUUAAGAGCCAGGUGCUGAGUUAGGUGCAGUGUAUGUGAUAUGCCCUUUUGACAUGUUUGCUACAUGUCUAACAGAACCUCCCAAACAACUUAAGUGUGUCUAAGUCGACAAUUCAUUAAAAUGAUGGAUUGUGUCCUCUUUCUAGCCUUCACAGAAUGUCGCAAAUCUUCACUUUCUGGGGUCUCUCCCCAGAUGGAAACUCUGUGGGAAGGACAUCAGAGGUAAAGGAAGAGCAGGCAGAGGCAAACGGUUGUGGAAAUCCUCCCUCAGUGGAAGAGAAAAGCAGACCUCAAUUUGAUCAUUUCCUGGAGUCUACUGGUCCUGGUCAAGGAACUCCAAUGGACAUGGCAUCGGAAGUCCCUGUGUGUCUCAUUGAGAAUGUGAAAGGACAACUGAAGCCUAAUCAAAAGGCCCUGGAGAUCCUGUCCGCGAUCACACAGCCAGUGGUGGUUGUGGCCAUCGUUGGCCUCUACCGCACAGGAAAAUCCUACCUGAUGAACAAGCUGGCUGGGAAGAAAACAGGCUUUUCUGUUGGAUCCACAAUACAGUCUCACACCAAGGGCAUCUGGAUGUGGUGUGUCCCUCAUCCUAAGAAGCCAAACCACACCCUAGUUCUGCUUGACACAGAGGGCCUGGGAGAUGUGGAGAAAGGUGACGGCCAGAAUGACUGCUGGAUCUUUGCCCUGGCUAUACUUCUAAGCAGCACUUUUGUGUACAACAGCAUGGGAGCCAUCAACCAGCAGGCCAUGGACCAGCUGCAUUAUGUGACAGAGCUGACAGAUCUGAUAAGUGCAAGAUCUUCACCUUGUAACAGAAGAGUUGAGGACUCAGCUGAGUUUGUGAGCUUCUUUCCCGACUUUGUGUGGGUUCUGAGGGAUGUGACCCUAAGACUUGAAGCUGAUGGACAAAGUCUCACAGCAGAUGAGUACCUGGAAAAUUCCCUGAAGCUCAAGCAAGGUACCAGUGAAGUAGAUCAAAAUUACAACCUGCCCCGGCUCUGUAUUCGAAAGUUCUUCCCCAAGAAGAAAUGCUUUGUCUUCUACCCACCCACUGAGUGGAAGAAGCUUUCUGAGCUUGAGAGCCUGUGUGAUGAUGAGUUGGAUUCUGACUUUGUGCAGCAGGUGGAAGAAUUCUGUUCCUUUAUCUUCAGCUCUUCCAAGGCUAAAGCUCUCCCGGGAGGUAUUGAGGUCAACGGAGCUCAGCUGGGGAUUCUAGCACAUACCUAUGUGGAUGCCAUCAUGAAUGGAUCAGUACCUUGCUUGGAGAAUGCAGUAAAAACACUGGCUGAGUCUGCGAACUCCAUAGCUGUGCAGAAAGCAGCUGACCACUACAAUGAGCAGAUGACUCAGCAAGUGAGGUUCCCGACAGACACACUCCAGGAGCUGCUGGACAUACAUGCAGUCUGUGAGAACAAAGCCAUUGCUGUCUUCAUGGAUCACUCCUUCAAGGAUGAGCUGUGGAAGUUCCAGGAGAAGCUUGUGGUCACCAUAAAGGAAAGGAGGGAAGAUUUCAUGCAACUGAAUGAAGUAAUAUCUCUCAGUUACUGCCAGGCUGAGCUGGAGAAGCUUUCGGAGUCCCUGAGGGAGAGCAUCUCACGUGGAGAUUUCUCUGUUCCUGGUGGACACAGCCUCUACUUAGAAGCCAGGAAGAAGGUUGAGCAGGGCUAUGAGCGAGUGCCCAGGAAGGGCGUGAAGGCACGUGAGGUGUUCCAGGACUUCCUGAAGUCUCUGAUCACUAUGGAAGAAUCCAUCUUGCAGUCAGAUAAAGCCCUCACUGAUGGACAGAAAGCCAUGGCAGCCGAGCAGGCCAAGAAGGAGGCAGCUGAGAUGGAACUAGAUAUAAUGAGGCAGCAACAGAAGCAGCAAGAGGAAGCAAGGGAGGCUCGCUUGAGAACGGUUGAAGAAAACAUGGCCCAGAUACAGAGGAAGAUGGAGAUGGAAAGGGAGAACCUUCUGAAGGAGCAGGAGAGGAUGCUGAAUCACAAGCUGAAGGAAUUAGAAAAAAUGUAUCAGGAAGGAGCUGGGAAGCAAGUGGAUGACUUAAAAAUUGAAAUAAAUCAAAUAGCAAGAAAAAUUGACGCCAUUAAAAAGAACUCCUCUGAUGAAGUUUUAACUAUGCUGCGUGAAAUACUGGUGAACGUAUUCAGCUCAUUUAUUAAAAGCUCACUGAAGAAUUGUUGACAUAGUGGCUCACUUUUGUAGUGUGUAUGUCGAUAGAUUCAUUCAAGGGCAAUUUUAAGUUAAGGGUUAUCACACAGUGUCCGAGCUGACAGCUAAGGAAGUCUAUUGAAGCACACUGCAUGAAAAAGGUAGCUAUACAGUGACAGAUGUUCACAAGCCUCACUAUGAUGACUAUUUUACAAUGUAUAUGCACAUUAUUUAUAAGCCUGUAAACCUUAAAUAUAAACAAUAAAAACAACUGCCAAGUA